AUGGCCUUGGCCUCUCUCCGCUCAAUCUCCGGCCAUCUCCACCGCCUUGUCUCCAGCUCUCCCUCCGCCCUCCUCCGUCGCCUCCGCCGCCAGUCACCCUUUAUCGCCAUCGCCUCCGCCCGCCGUCCCUCCCCGCGACCGAUAUGGCGCGUCCCGUAUCGGCAAGGUAUCGGCGCUCCCUCCAAAUCUAGGGUUUACUCCGACGUCAACGUCGUUCGCCCCAAGGAGUAUUGGGAUUACGAGUCUUUCGGCCUGCAGUGGGGGGAUCAGGAUGAGUACGAGGUUGUGAGGAAAGUGGGGAGAGGGAAGUACAGCGAGGUGUUCGAAGGGGUUCACUCGACGAAUGAGGAGAAGUGCGUCAUCAAGAUUCUCAAGCCCGUGAAAAAGAAGAAGGUUAAAAGGGAAGUAAAGAUAUUGCAAAAUCUAUGUGGCGGGCCCAACAUUGUGAGCUUACUUGAUAUUGUUAGAGAUCAACAAUCGAAAACUUUCAGUCUGAUAUUUGAGUUCGUCAAUAACACAGAGUUUAAAGUGCUUUAUCCAACUUUGACGGACUAUGAUGUUCGAUACUACAUUUAUGAACUAUUGAAGGCACUAGACUAUUGCCACUCACAAGGUAUCAUGCACCGAGAUGUAAAGCCUCACAAUGUAAUGAUCGAUCAUGAGCGGCGAAAGCUUCGUGCUAUUCCAAAAAACUUUGUGCUAUUCCCAAAAUCUCAUUUCAGGUACUACAAGGGCCCGGAACUACUUGUUGACCUGCAAGAUUAUGAUUAUUCAUUGGACUUAUGGAGCCUCGGAUGUAUGUUUGCUGGAAUGAUAUUUCGGAAAGAUCCAUUUUUUUAUGGACAAGACAACCACGACCAAUUGGUCAAGAUAGCCAAGGUGCUUGGAACAGAGGAGUUAAAUUUAUAUCUCAGCAAAUAUCGGCUGGCUCUUGACCCGUGUCUUGAGGCCCUGGUUGGAAGACAUAGCCGAAAACCAUGGACAAAGUUUAUUAAUGCUGGCAACCAGCAUUUGGCAGUUCCAGAGGCCAUUGAUUUCAUAGACAAGCUACUUCGGUAUGAUCAUCAGGAGAGGCUCACUGCAAAAGAAGCGAUGGCCCAUCCUUACUUCAAUCCAAUGAGAGUGGCAGAAAGCAGCGGAACUCGAACGCGGUAGCUUAGAAUUUUGUUCACAUUGAACAAUGUUAUUGCUUCCUGCGAGUUUUGUACCUUUUUAUUUAUUUGUUUGUGUUAUUCGUGAAUUAUGCAAUUAUUUUUAGAUAUAAUAAACAUCUAUAAAUUAAUUUAAUGUUUCU